UGCACACUAGAGAGCUACAAUGCAGCAUGGCUUCGGAAAUCCCACGGGUGAGCAAAAUUAUGAGCCUUUAAAGAACGUAUUUGAAGACUUUCUCGUGUUGCUAUUCUGUUUACUGUAAAAUCACUUCCGUAAACUAUUCUCGAUCGGACGUUGUCAUCCGGUACGUUUUAAAUCGCAAUGUCCAAGGCGAAGGAGAAGAAAGCGCAUUCUGACGCUAAGAUCCAUAAACACACAGCUAAAGAUAAGAGGAAGACGUUUUGGAUCAAACAGAACCUGAGGAAGAAGAAGCUUGAGAAGCAAGCAGCGCCGCAGAAGCAGCAGGAGAAACCUGGACCUCCACAGGAAGCCCAGCAGAUCUCUGCCAACUGGAAAUCAUUACAGCAGAUCCUGAAGAGCAGUCAGUCGGAGAAAAGGCAUCAGAAUGGCUUCACCACAAAGAAACACCAAGAAAAUGCUUUUCAGAGGAGUUCUGUGAACACUGCCGCUCCAAGCGAAAGGGACUCUGGGGAAAAAGAAAAGCAGAAAACGGUUCCUGUUGUCCCCAAAGAGGCUGGAGAGAAGCUGAAGCUCCCUGCAGCUUCAGACUCUCAGCAAUCUGCUGCUGCAAAAAGGAAGAAAGACAGAGAAAUGCCAACUAGUGAGGAAGACGGACCAAAGAAGAAGAAGAAGAAGAUCUCAUUGGAUGAGGAGAGGAAACCUACAGAGGACGACCUUUGGUUCGACGACGUCGACCCCGAUGUUAUCGAGGAAACGAUGGGAGCGGAGGCAGCAGAGAUCAUGAGGAGGAAGCAAGGCGUCCGCAGCAAGAGCAGAGAGCCAGAGACUUCCCUGGUGAAGGAGUCGGCCUUCAGCGGAAUAACCCAAACUGUUGCCAUCGACUGUGAGAUGGUGGGAGUCGGUCCUGAUGGCGAAGAGAGCAUCCUGGCCCGAGUGUCCCUCGUGAACAAGUUUGGGAAAUGCAUCUAUGACAAGUAUGUGAAACCCACAGAGAAGGUGACGGACUACAGGACAGCCGUCAGCGGCAUCCGACCAGAGGACAUCAAGGACGGAGAGGACGUUCAGACGGUGCAGAGGGAGGUCGCCGACAUCUUGAAGGGGAGAAUAGUGGUUGGACAUGCCAUCCACAACGACUUAAAGAUUUUGCUUCUGGAUCAUCCAAAGAAGUUCAUCAGAGACACACAGAAGUAUAAACCCUUCAGGCGGAUCGCCAAGAGUAGCCGGCCGUCGCUCAAAGUCCUCUGCAGAGAAGUCCUGAACGUAAAAGUCCAGCAGGGCGAACACUCGUCUGUGCAGGACGCUCAGGCCACCAUGAGGCUUUACACACUGGUGAAGAAACAGUGGGAAGCCGAGAUCAGCAGCAGGAAGAGAAACAAAGAGUCUGAGGAGAAAAAGAAGAGGAAGCCGAGGUAGAGAGGAGGACGGAGGA